CGCAGUUAUAUGUAGUUGACAAAUAAUGCAACUAUUUAACCCCUUGAUUACUAUAACAUGAGAAUCGAGGAAGAAAAUGACUAAGAGCAACAUGGAGAGCGAACUCAUUCAAGCGCCUAUUCGAGCAUUGAAGAGAGCCAGAGAUUUCUAUAUCCGGGGUUUGUGGGACUGUUCCGGCAAGCUCGGGCCCGGCGCCGGGAAUCUGAUGGGCUGCCCGGCGCCGCCGCCUCCGCUUUCCACUAUGCCACGUAGCUUUUCCGAGCUGACCAGCGGGGACGAGGACUUGAGGGAACUUAUUAGGGUCUCUUCUAGAAGAAGCCUCAGAGGCAAGGUGGGGGCGGAAGUACUCCGGCGAGGGCAGCCAACGCCGGCGGCGGUUGAUUCUGCUCCCGGACGGGGAGGUUUGCCAAAAGCUGGGCCGUGUCGUGGCGUCGUGGUGGUGGCUAUUGGGAGGAUUGAUGAAGAGAAGUGGUACACGUCAUGAGUUCUUGACUUGAUCGAAUUGGUGUUUUAUUGCUUCAAAGUAGGAAAUUAUAAUCAAGUUUGGGAAGCCCAUGCAAGAAUAAUAUCUCCUAUGUAUAUUGAUUGAUAGCAUGUACCAUAUAUGGUGCCUUGAUCUUCAAUGAUUUGCUUUGAGAAAAAUCUUCAAUGUCUUUAGUUUUAAGAAAAGCCCAUGAAGGAUAUGAUGUUACAAUUCUCACUAAUAAUGUGCUAGUUUGACCUCAUCUAAAAAUGUCUACUCUAAUUAAUCUAGGUUGAAUCUGUUUGGUGUUGUCUUUUGAAGCAUAUCAUGUGUAUUUUUAUAUUCUUGUAUUAUCUAAGUUUGCUCUAUUUAAUGAUGUUUUCACUUUUAAUUUGAACACUCAAAAGCACAGGAAAAAUAAUCGGGGAUCGCAUCAUAUGAGGACUAGAUCACAAACACGCGACGCGAGAAACCUUGAUAUCUGAGGGGUUAUAUUGAGGGGCUUCUAUAAUGUAUUGGGGGUUGGGCUAGCUAUAUACAUUCUUGCUAUUUUCUUUAUUUUCUUGUCAAAAAAAGACGAUGUAUGUUUUGACUUUCAUUAAAGUUUUUAGUAUGUUCUAAUAUAAUUUAAUCUAGUCUGGUCA